UCAUGACGUUCUUGUCUCGCGCUUACGUCGAGACAGAGCGGAAGUGAUGCGAGUCGUGUCCUCCAUCAGCUAAUCCGUUCCAGCGAUGGAAAAUGUCUCAGUAUUCAUGCGAGCUCAGGCAGCGGAGCGGAGGUAGAAGUCAGCCGGUGUUUCGUUAGCCUCUAGCCGGUUAUGAGAUGGACUCGACCCGGAGGAGCGAGAGUGACUGGCAGGGUUUGCUCAGCGAGUUCCUGGUCUGUAAGCGUAAACUGGAGAGUAAAAAAGAUGCCCUCCUGAUUCUGUCUAAAGAGCUGGACACCUGCCAGCAGGAGAGGGAUCAGUACAAGCUGAUGGCCAACCAGCUCCGUGAACGCCACCAGGCUCUCAAGAAGAAGUACAGAGAACUCAUUGAUGGAGACCCCUCUCUGCCUCCUGAAAAAAGGAACCAAGUUUCUCCCUCCCAGGUGAAUUUAGCUCAGCUGCUGAGAGAUUCAAGAGAGAAGAACAGCCAGCUUUCUGAUGAGGCCAAGGAGCUCAAACAGAGACUGGUGGAAGCUCAGGGUGAUAACAAGCUCCUACGGAUGACCAUCACGAAACAGAGGCUGGGAGACGAGGACGUCGGAGUUCGACACUUUCCUGCACACGAGCGGGAGGAUCUGGUCAAACAGCUGGAACAGGCAAGAGAACAGAACGAGGUGCUGGAGCACAGCGUGAAGUCUCUGACCGAUGAGCUUCAGGACGUUCGAGCGGAGCGGGACGUGUUCCAGCAGAAGGCCCAUCGGCUCAACGUUGAAAUGAAUCAAAUCCUCGGGAACGAUGAGAUUCGAAUUCUAGACAUAGAUGCUCUCUGUAUGGAGAACAGGUAUUUGCACGAACGGCUGAAGCAAUUUCAAGAAGAGGUUAAUCUCCUCAAAAGUAACCUGGUAAAAUACAAGAGUGCUCUGGAGAGUCGGAAGAACUCUAAAAUGAGCGGCAGACCCAACAGCAGUGCUCUGACUGGGGUGCUUUCAGCCAAACAAGUGAAGGAGCUGUUGCUGUCGGAGGAAAAUGGUUGCAGUUUGCCUGUGACUCCUCAGUCCAUCUCUGACCUGAAAUCUCUGGCCACAGCUCUGCUGGAAACGAUCCAUGAGAAGAACAUGGUGAUCCAGCACCAACGGCAGAUCAACAAGAUACUUGGGAAUCGAGUAUCCGAGCUGGAAAAGAAGCUCAAAACUCUUGAGAUGUCUGGAUUAUGGAGCCUUCCAGGCCUGACUUAUAAUGUAUCCCUGGGGGUAUUUGGAAGAGGGAAAGACGCCAUCAUCCUGAACACACACAAACCUGAACAAGUGGAAUUUCCUGGACAAGAAGGUGUAAACGAUUCUGAAAACACUGAGAAAAACUCUCCAAAUGUUCCAAACCUGGUCAGUGAAUCCUCAGCGGUGAGCGAUUUUCAGGAAGAUGCAUCGUCACCAUCUGUUAGGGAAACAUCGCAGCAGAACGAGUCUGAGGAAGAGCCAGCUUACCCUCAAGCUGAAAUUAUAAUCGAUGAAGAGCCUCAUGAAAGUAAUCAAUCACAAGCCAAAAAUGAUUCCGCUGCUUCAUCAGCGGAGGAUGCGUGUCUCAGUGGCUCCACCCCUGAUGUGGCAGACCUGGGGGAGGUCCAUCCAGCAUCAGAUCUCUGCCAGAGCUCUGAGAGCUCUCAGCCAGUCAGACAAGGAGAUGAAUCCAAAGAAAGCACUGGAGAACUGGAAAAUGUCAAAAUUUCUAUCACGAAAUACGAAUUUAAUGAGCGAGGUUUACACACGGUCGUCUCAGAACAGCAGCAGGAGGUCCUCCAGUCGAAGCAGGAGGUGGAUAUCGGUGACCGUCGGGAUGCACAAAGUCUUCCAGGAGACGAUCACCUGUUCCGUGGCGAUUAGAGAAUGAGAUACCGUAAAUCCUCUAAUACAGGCCCGG